GGUUCUAUCUAAGGCAAACAUGCAGAGCUAAGCUAUAUUCUGAAAUUUAAAAAAAAAAAAAGGAAAUUAAAAAAAAGGGUUGAGUCUGUAAAUACCAUGCAGGGAACCCAUCUGCAUGACCAAGGCCAUGAUCCCAGCAGGUAAAGAACAAUCUCUGAAAGCAGCAUAGCUGGGAGCUGCUGUGCUUACACAGUUUUACAUACACAGCUCCUUGGUUCUACAGCAUCAAGGGGAUUGUGCUGUCUCUUACUGAACAAAUCCUGCGAAGUGUAGCAGAGGCAUAGAGAGACUAAACAGGCAUUGUCCUGGCUGGCUGAUCAAACUAUGCUCAUCCAUUGGUGAAUGGGGGUAAACCUGCUUCACAGCACUUAUCUUCAUCUUCUUUGGAAGAUUCCUGGGAAAUACAUCUUUAGAAGAAGGUCGAGACUCACAGUUUGACACUGCCUUAUUACUGGUUAAUAUUUCUGGGUUACUCUCUUCCAUCAUUUGUUGUUGUUUGAUGUAUUUGAGACUAGGCUGCUGCUCGUAUACAUUACAGCAGUUGCAUUUGUUCAGUAUUGUCUUUGGGCAUUUGCAGUGAUGGUACAUAUUUUAUACAGCUUUUUCAAGAGCUGCAAUCUAAAUUAAGUACUUUCCAGAUCUUGAUAGGCUAGGUGGUCCUUAACAGAGAUACAGAAAGAAUAAUUUGAUUGUGAGGAGAUCAUUACAAGACCGAACAAGGUACCCUCUUUAUUUAUGAGGCCAAGAGGACUCAUUGGUCCCUGAGUAGCGACCAGUGGGGUUUCUAAUGUGUAGAAAUAAAAGAUGAGACAUUGACACAUAAAUGGAGCUCAGUAAGCUGAGUAGCAUGACUGAAGAACAAGUGGUGCUCCUUGUGACUGCCUCACCCUGGCCUUCAGAGCUUAGUACUGGGCAAAAUUGUGUCUCCAGAUGAGCAGUUAUAUUCAUCUCAGGUAGCACACAGGCCAGAGUGCUGUGCUCUUGACACCAAAAUAUCAUUUCCAAUAAAUAUUUGCUUAACAGUUGCAUACCCUUUGGAAUGCAACACUGUACUCUACUGAGCAGCCUGGGCCUGGUGGUCUUUGCUCUGUUUGGAGUGAAGAGAUGUGGACACAUGCAUACAAGGUCCAAGAACACUGGCUUCACCAGCAUUCAGCUUUGUGUUUCCAGGUAAUAUGUAUCUGAAGCCAUGUAAUGUUUAACAGAGGAAAACAGCAGUACGAGUAAAGCAGCAAGAAACAGCACAGCCCAUUGAGAGCACGAGCCCUCUGAAUGUAAAUAUCUGUGAAGAAUGAUGAAGGCCAUGCUCCCACUGUGCUUGCUGGUGGCCAUGCUUCACCUCAGUGUCCACAGUCUGACCCAGACUGAUCACCACACUGACCAGCCUGAGGCAACCGACACCCAGGAGCAGCAUUCUCUCGAGGUAGAUCCUCUUGAGUCCUGCCAAAGGAUAAUCCCGAGCAAUACAGACUUUGCCUUUCAUUUUUACAGGCAAGCAACCACUCAAGAACCUGACAAGAACGUUUUCUUUUCCCCAGUCAGCAUCUCUGCUGCCCUUGCCCUUCUGGCCCUGGGCUCCCGAGGCAGCAGCCAGGCUCAGCUGCUGGAAGGACUGGCCUUUAACCUCAGCAGCAUCCAGAAGGAGGAGAUACACCACGGCUUUCGUCAGCUCCUCCGCUUGCUGAACCGCCCUGGCAGCCAGGUGCAGCUGAGCAUGGGCAGCACCCUGUUCAUGGACAAACACCUGAAGCCAAUGAAAACCUUUCUGAAGGACAUCAAAAAACUCUACAGAGGAAAAGUUGUCUCUAGUAGCUUCCAGAAUUCCACUGAAGCUAAAAGAGACAUCAAUGAUUAUGUAAAGAAUAAAACCCAUGGGAAUAUAAACCAAGUACUUGAGGACCUUGAUCCAAACACUCUGAUGGUAAUUGUUAACUACAUUUAUUUCAAAGCUUACUGGGAAAAUCCUUUCAAUAUUAAGGGGACUCACAAGGACUUUUUCCAUGUGAAUGCAAAGACCUCAGUUGAAGUGGAGAUGAUGACUCGAGAUGGAUUUUAUAAAGCAUACUCUGACAGGAAGCUGUCUUGCAAGGUGGUGCAGAUUCCUUACAAGGGAGAUGUUACAGCAUUGUUUAUCCUGCCCAAGAAAGGAAAAAUGAAACAGUUGGAAAGUGCCCUGACAAAAAACACCAUUUCUAAAUGGGAAAGAUCUCUUCAAAGAUGGAGGAUGGAAUUGCAUAUUCCAAAAUUAUCAAUUUCAGGCACCUAUGACUUAAAGAGGAUCUUAAUGAAUCUGGGCGUAACCGAUGUGUUUUCUAACCGGGCUGAUCUGUCUGGAAUCACAGGAAACCGAAAUGUGAAGGUUUCAAAAGCUACUCACAAGGCCCUGCUGAAGAUCCAUGAGAAUGGCACAGAGGCUGCAGCAGCCAGCAGCAUAGAUUUUCUUCCUCAUUCUGCCCCUCCCAUUGUUAAAUUCAAUCAUCCAUUCUUGCUGCUGAUUGUUGAUCAGUAUACUCAGAGCAUCCUCUUCAUGGGAAAAAUUGUAAACCCAACUGAAAAAUGACUGGUCAGUGGCUGGUCUUAUUGGUUUGAAUUGCAUUUUAUGGAAUUGUUGUCCAUUGAGAUUAAAAUUAUAUCCCAACAGUUA